CGCACAAACCUGUGGUUCUCCGAGUCUGAGGACCAGGGGCCCGAGAGCCCAGAGAGCGCCACCGUGAGAGAUCAGCCUUGCUCGGCUGGACAUUGCGACGCUCCCGGAGAUGAGGAACCUAAACCUGAAAAGCAGCAGCAGGAGCCACAGCAGGAGCAGGAGCAGGAGAGGAAGGAUGAUAAACAGUGAUCACGAAGAGGCUCGCGGAAAAGCCUCCAGUGCCACCGGAAAGGCCGGAAGCGAGGAGGAGGCGGAGGCAGAGGUGAAGGCGGUGUGCACGUCCCCCGGGGGGCGCUUCCUCAAGUUUGAUAUCGAGCUGGGCAGGGGCUCGUUCAAGAGCGUCUAUAAGGGACUGGACACAGACACGUGGGUGGAGGUGGCCUGGUGCGAGCUACAGGAUCGCAAGCUGUCUAAAGCAGAGCGUCAGAGAUUUAAAGAGGAGGCGGAGAUGCUGAAGGGCCUCCAGCAUCCAAACAUUGUCCGGUUCUACGACUUCUGGGAGUCGGCUGUCAAAGGAAAGAAGUGCAUCGUCUUAGUGACCGAGCUCAUGACGUCAGGCACGUUGAAAACGUACUUGAAGCGCUUCAAGGUGAUGAAGACGAAGGUUCUACGUAGCUGGUGCAGGCAGAUCCUCAAGGGUCUUCACUUCCUGCAUACGCGUACCCCUCCCAUCAUCCACCGGGACUUAAAGUGCGACAACAUCUUCAUCACAGGCCCCACAGGCUCCGUUAAGAUCGGGGACCUCGGCCUGGCCACGCUGAAGAGGGCCUCCUUCGCUAAGAGCGUCAUUGGCACUCCUGAGUUCAUGGCCCCGGAGAUGUAUGAAGAACACUACGACGAGGCAGUGGACGUCUACGCCUUCGGCAUGUGCAUGCUGGAGAUGGCCACGUCUGAGUACCCGUACUCAGAGUGCCAGAACGCUGCUCAGAUCUACCGCAAAGUCACCAGCGGUGUGAAGCCAGCCAGUUACAAUAAGGUGACAGUACCCGAGAUUAAGGAGAUCAUAGGGGAGUGCAUCCGCCAUCGCUGGGAGGAGAGAUAUUCCAUAAAGGACCUCCUGAAUCACGCGUUCUUUGCCGAGGACACUGGCGUCAGGGUAGAACUUGCGGAGGAAGAUGAUGGCAAAAAGAUGUCCAUCGCGCUCAGGCUGUGGGUCGAGGACCAGAAGAAGCUGAAAGGAAAGUACAAGGACAGCGGCACCAUCGAGUUCACCUUUGACCUCGUGAGAGAGGUCCCAGACGCCGUCGCCCAAGAAAUGGUUGAAUCUGGUUUCUUCCUGGAGUGUGACAUGAAGCUCGUGAGCAAGUCGAUUCGGGACCGUGUGGCUCUGAUUAAAUGGCACAGGGAACGAGUCGUCACCGGAGGAGAAGGCCAGGCUAAAGGGAAGUCCACAAAGACCCAGGUGCAGAAUCUGCUCCAGGUUCCCCCCUCUGGAAUACCAAAGGGUGGUACACCCCUCCCCCAGGCUGAGCCAGAGGAGCCUGAGGGCGAGCAGGUCUCCCUGUUCUGUAGUGUCCCCACCACCACUGGCACCACUGUUACAUCAGACGUCACAGUCAUUUCCACUGUGAUUUCAGAAGCUUUGGGUAACCAGCAUGGCGUUCCCUACCAGACCCUGCAAGAGUCCAUCUCCACUUCCCAGAGACUCCUUAGUCCUCCAGCACAGCUCCUGGCUCAGCUGCAGCAGGGUGCUCAACCACACUUGACAGCUCCACUGCACCAGGAGGCCCAAAAGCAGCUUGCUGCUCAAGUGCACCCAGGACCCCAACAGCAACCUGUGGCUCAGCAAGAGCCCCUACAACAACCUGCUGCACACCUUGGAGCUCCACAACAGCCCACUACCCAGCUGCAACAGCCAAGUGCCCUGUUGUGUCAAGAGGCCCAGCCCCAGUCUACUAUACACUUGCACCAUGGAGCCCAGCAGCAGCCAACUGUCCAGUUACUCCAGGGAAUCCAACCACAGCUUGGUGUCCAGCCACAGCCAAGUGUUCAGCUGCACCAUGGGGUCCAGCAACAGCCUGCAGCACAGCUACACCAAGGGGCUCAGCAACAACCUGCAGCACAGCUCCACCAGGGGGCCCAAAAACAGCCUGUAGCCCAGCUGCAUCAAGGGGCUUAUCAGCAAUCCACACCACAGAUACAUCAAGGAGCCUUUUUGCAGCAAUCUGUGCAACUGCACCAGAGCCUUUACCAGCCGUCUCCUCCGCCCACGGCUGCAUUGGCUCAGACCAUGUCUGCUCCAGCCACACCAGCUCCAACUGCUCCGCUAGCACAGGAGUUUCACCUCUAUCUCCAUCCUGCAGCUUUCCUGUCCCAGACUCUAUCAACCCUGCAGCCAGUUGUGGAAUCAUCUUCUGAAGCACAGGCCCAUCCUCAGCAUCUGCUCCAGUCAGCAACGUCCAUGCUGAGCAGUGUUCCACCUCCACAACCACAACAGAGUGUUCACUCCACGCCUCUUCUGCAGCCUCUUCAGAUUUCCACACAGUUCCCUUCGCCAUACCCCGUUCUGCCAACAGGGGGCACUUCUGUUGGAAGUGAGGCAAUGCCCUAUUCCCCUGUCCCAUACUCCUCCCCCUACCCCAGUGGUGGUCCUCCCGUACCCUCACCCUACUACUCGUCCGGUUCCAUCCACGCCCCGCUGUCUCUUGCCCCUAUACAAACCAUGCCCUCCAUACCUGGAGCAGGAACCCCCCAGACCCCUGUAUCUGCCCCUCUGGGCUUACCAGCCCCCAUCCCACUCCUGGGCAUGGCCCUUCCUCCGUCCCUCAUACCUCCACAAAAGCAGCAGGUGUACUCUCCUGCUCCUCCGCCCGAUGGCGCUCUCCUUCAGCCCCAGCCCACCCAGUUGUCUCUGCCCUUUCCUCAAAUAGGGCAGCCGCCGUCCUCCCUUCCUCAGCAAGAGCCCUGUAUCUCCUCGCCGUCUGCACAGGAUGACACUCUGGCACACGUCCACGCAGACCUGACUUGCGUUCAGUCUCCCCCACAAAGAGAAGAAUCGGAGCCAGAAUUUACCACAGCCAGUGUUGCCCUUGUAGACAGAAUUCAGCAGAUUGUCCCCGAGAGUCCUGCACUGCCUCUGCAGCCUGUUGGAACCCAGACAGCAGCUGAAAGUGGCGCCAUAUCCAGCAACACUCAGCAGAUUCUGGACACAGCAUCUGUAUUCAUUCCUCCUGCACCUGACCACAGCCAGGAGGAGCCAAUACCCAUGCCACUUCCCAGCUAUACAUGUGACGGUGUAAACUCAGAUGCCGCCUCAGGUAAAGAGAUGAGCGACAGCUAUGAGGGCACCACCAGCGGAGGGAAAGGCGACGGGAAACCCAGGAAACACCACCGCAAGUCCGCCCGCACCCGUUCACGGCAGGAGAAGACCAACAAACCCAAGCUCAGCAUGCUCAAUGUCUGUGAUACAGGUGAUAAAAUGGUGGAAUGCCAGCUGGAGACCCAUAAUCACAAAAUGGUGACCUUCAAGUUCGAUUUGGAUGGAGACGCUCCUGAGGAAAUUGCCACUUACAUGGUGGAGAACGGCUUCAUCCUGCCCGUAGAGAAGGAGAUCUUCAUCGACCAGCUGAAGGACAUUGUGGAUAAAGCGGAGGACAUGCUGAACGAGGAGGUGGAGGGUGAGAGACCAGCUGCCCUGAGGGACACUCCACUUCAGGGACAGGCUCCUGGCGGAGUGGCGGAUGAGGGAGCAAGAGGACAGAGAGAUGGAGCACCGCAGCCAGUCUAUCAGCAGAACGUGCUUCACACUGGAAAGAGGUGGUUCAUCAUCUGCCCGGUGGACGAGCCUCCUGUGGUCAGUCAGGAUGCAUCCUCAGAGGUAGCGACAGCUGUGCAGACGGCCCUUACCAGCGCACUGACUGAUGGGACUGCUCCUGGACAGCCUGCUGAGAGUACCUCAGCUCAACCACUAGAGGGCAGCACCCCGUCAGCUUCUGUUUCUAUAGAUUCAGAAGGCUAUGCCACGGCGCCCCCGUCUGGCGACAGCGAUGCUCAUGGAUUCUGCAGCCCACUCUCUCUGACCACCACAGACCCCCUGUCCCUGGCUCCACUCUCUCCAGUGCCCCCUGCUCCCCUCACUGCCGCUCUGUCAGUCUCCCAUCCAGAAGACACCGCUAGCUCAACCGCAGCCCAGCUUAGAGUCCAGUCUGCCACGGCUCUGCGCAGCUCUCUGACUGUGGAUGAGCCUUCAAGCGUGAAACUCGGGUCACUCUCGCCGAUCCAUGCUGCCCAGCAGGGGGCAGAUCUCGCCUGUGCAGCAUCAGUAGCAGACAGUAUGCCCUGCUGCCCGCUAAUUAUGCCGCUAGCACUGGAUGUUAACGCAGGCAUUCAGCAGCCCUCUCCGCUGACCCCUCCGCUCCCGCCGGAGGCCCCAUCAGCGCGGGAGCAGCUGCAGUCCAUCUCAGAGCGCGGCCAGCACCCUGUCGUGCUGCAGCAGCCUUUCUCUGCUGUGGGCGGAGCUAAGGCCCCCUCACUGCCUCAGAGCCCCGCACCCUCACAACACCCGCACGCUCCAAACGAGUCGGAUGGCGAGGGUCGGGGAAGGGUGGGGUUCGUGGACAGCACCAUAAAGACGUUGGACGAGAAGCUGAGGAACCUGCUGUAUCAGGAAUACGCGCCCAUGUACCCGUCGGGCAGUGCGGCCGAAACGCCCGGUUCAGGGACAGAGUAUAUCCAGUCCCCGCCCGGACCGGAGAGCGCCACGGGGGAGUCGGGGACCAGCACCCCCAGCCUCAUCGGAGAGGGGCUGAUCAGGGCAGGAGAACAGCUGCCACAGAUUCCAGAGAGAGUGGACAGUCUGAGUGCGCUCAGUGACUCCGCUGUUGGAGUCACAGUGACGAAGAAACAUGCGAUGCCUCACUCCACAUCCUGCUCUGGCUCCAGGAGUCGCUUUAAGAUGAUGCCCGGCCCUCCUGACGUCCAGAGGAAGCAGCGGAGCUGGAGCAGCACAGCCUCUCCAGCGCACCCUGGUAGCUGUUUAGGGGAGCGCAGCGCUUACGCAGAGCCGAGCAUGCCGGUCAGCACCAUCGGCCGCUUCUCGGUGGUCAGCACGGAGGACGAGGUCACGCGCAGGAAACACAGCAGCAGAUAUUCAGCUCCGCCCGACUUCUACCUGGACGCUCCGCCCUCCCUGAGCAAGCGGGGCUCCCUCCCACGAGCACACACUUCCAUCCCGGUGGACGUCCACGCCGCCCGCUUCAUGUCCUCCGACUCCGGGGCGGAGAGCAGUCCGGCCAAAAUGGCCCCCCCGACCCCGUCUCGGCUCGGGCGCUCGGAGAGGAGAGGAAGUGACUUCAUGAAGAGGGCGGUGGCCUUCCUGAGGCGCUCGGGCCGCAGCAGCAGCGUGCAGAGCUCGGACUCACCCAGCAGGCAGGGCGGCGUGUAUGGCUCGUACAUGAGCAGCGACAACGACUCCGAGAUGGAGGACUCGGACAUCAAGAGAGAGCUGCAGAGACUGAGGGAGAAACACAUGAAGGAGAUUUCGGAGCUACAGGCUCACCAGCGCGACGAGGUCGAGCUGCUCUAUCUGCGUCUCGGUAAAGCGCCCCCUCCUGGCUUCAGCCACACCUCCACCGUGCCCCCUGCUGGACGCAGACGCAGGGCCAGCAAACACAAGCUCAGGGCUGGAAAACUGCUCAGCCCUCUGGUCCAGCAGCUGAGAAGCGUCAAAAAAACAAGCGAAAGCAGCAAAGCCGGCGAUGCUGCCAAAUACAGUGAGCCUUCUCUGAGUUUGAACGGCUCUCCGGCGCGAGCCUCUGUGGUGUCAGACAGUCGCUCUCGCUCAGGGACGAGCACUCUGCCCAGCUCUGUGUCUGAACCGGUCCAGACUCAGCAGCCCUGCUCCCUCAAGGGCUCGCUGUCUUCUGAUAACAUCUACGCUGGACUGCAUGGAGAGGGACCAGGAGCUUACAGCCGGCCAGGACAGGGUUGGCCUCACUAUCCUCAAGCGGCUGAGAGGGUCACUUAUAAGUCCAGCAAACCACGCGCUAGAUUCCUCAGUGGGCCACUUUCUCUCUCCAUCUGGUCGACGCUGAAGCGGCUCUGCCUGGGAAAAGAGCGCAGCAGCAGGUCUGGAGCUCCUCCAGCAGCAUCUAAUCAGCCGCAGAUGCCCCCGGGUUCAACCCCUCCUCCCCAUCAGCCGGUGGUGGGCCUGGCUCAAACACAGACCAACAACAGCAAUAACAAGACUGACCUGUUCCCUGUGGAGCUCCACAGGCUGGUGGGCACAUGGGUUCAGGAGGCACGAAGCCCCACACGUGCUCUCCCCCGCAGUCAGAGACCCCGACGGGCCACAAGAACCAGGACCAGGAGCACCGGAGGGGUGCCUCCAGCGGUAACAGCAACGUCCAGGCUGCCUCUCUCGUGGCCCAGAAUUGAUUCUCACACCUCCUCCCUGACAGCUGACCACUUGUUGGGCUUUCAGGAUGGUUUCUUGAUGCAUGGCAGCCCUUUCGGAGAGGUCCUGCGGUCUCCCCUCUAUAUUGCCCGUUGGCCUGCACUGACUGCACCUCUUAGCCGGGAUGUGCUUACAUUUUCCACAGUGUCGCCCCCCUGGAUGGCACCAUCGUCUUCUCCAGAACCCCCCAGCUCUCAGAACAGGACUUUGUAGCACCUAAACUGAUGGCUUCCAUGCAUUGUCUAAUGGGUUGGAUUUCUCUACAGUAUCUUUAAGCUGUUGUUUAUCCUGCAGUGGUUCCCAAUCAUGGGAGCUCUCCCUUCUUCUAGCACACCUAAUUAACUUCAAAACUAAUUAACCCUUAGAAGUCGGAGUUAUGUAGUCCCCAUGGACUGGGAUUGGGGGCCACCGAGCUAGCUUCACAACCUAUUAGGACAUACUACUAUAUCUGUAUCUCAUGUAGGCAUGUAUUGUAUGGCUAAUGUAUAUGUAUCCAGACCAGCUGUGUAAAUAUCCGAUCACCUGAGCGUCUGCUGGACCACGUAUGUACAUUUAGCAUAUAUAUAUUUUUAAAGUGCGCCGUGUCACCCAUGAAUAUGUCCAUAAUCCAUGUACAGUGUAUUUUUUCAUUAGUUUAGGCUGUGCAUAGACACCCAACCUUAAUAUGUACUGUACCUACAUGUUUCUGCUAGUUAUAUAACUAAACCUUUACUGGUGGGCUCACAUGCCUGUACAUAGCCCCUGUAUAUAAGUGUACAUACGCCGAGCACACUGCGUACAUGUAGCUUAAUCCCUUCAUUCAAAAAUAGACCCAACAUAUAUGUAAAUAGCGUUUGAAUAAGUCUAUUCUGUAUGUAAAUAAGACAAAGAGGGAUUGUCUUGAAGUCACAGUCAAGAUCACAUCAUCACUGUGAAGCCUCAAGAUUGUGCUGCGGUCACCAGUGCUUCACACCACGCUUUCUGGACUAUUGGCACCUAAACUAGAACCGCUAGAAAUGCCGCAUCUUUACUCCACCCCAAGGAAAUUUGAGAUGACUGUUGAUUUCAGGUGGAGAGCCUGCAAGAGUGCCUUGAACAGCAGUUUUGGACGCGCUGGGUGAAUAGCAAUACCCUUUCACCAAGAACACCGAUGCUGAGUUUUUUUCUCACAGGUGUUUCAGUGAUUUGUACGAGGGACUUUCUUGUAGUUUUCCUGGCCAUGUUCAGCAGUGAGGUGAGGAAUUUCACUAUAACGCCGAGUGUAAGAUAUUGUGGUGGGCCCAUGAUCAUUUUGGACAACACUGCUGUUAUUAAAGCUUAUAUUUGGCAAAGUAGUCAGUAGCCAUAACAUAUAGAAGCAUAAAGAAAUGAGAAAGAUGAUGUAAUUUAGAAUUCACCAGGUUCGGUGUACGCCACCCUUCAGAAGUAAGGAAUCACUAUUCACUGUUUUCAUUAUAUAUGGCAGGUACAUGUAUAAAAUGGUUCUGAUAUGCAGGGAUGGUUUACUGACUGGGCCACUGGGGCCAGUGCUCAGGGGCCUUUGACUGCCAGGGGCCCUGCUUGAGGGGGGUCACAAGCUUGAAGUGUCCCAAAUACUUGGGACAGUCCACUGCAGAUGUAAACAUUAGAUGAACGAAUAGCCAUUGAAUAUGGCCAGAAUGACUAAAUAGAUGAAAAAUGUUCUAGACGGUGAUAAUGAUUCAAAUCUUACACAAAAAUAACAAUGUUAUGGUGACACAGCAGGAUAUUGCACAUUAAUAAGGCUAAUUAUUCAUUCCUAGAUAAUUAAUAUUAUACGAUUAUUUUAUUUCCGGGCGAUUUUUGCUUAAUCGAAAGCAUAUUUCUUAAAACAAGCAAAAUUAUAUGUAAUGAUAUGGUUAUAUAAUUUCACUUGAAGUAAGUAAAAUAAUUUUAUAACGUUCUUACAAUCUAAACAUGAGAUAUAUCGACCAGAUUUAAGAUUUCUCUUGCCAAGAUAUCAUUUUUGCAGCUAAUAUGAUGCUACAGCUUUUCAUCUCAUAUGCGGGAAGUUGUAAAAAAUGAAUAAAUGUGUCCGGAAUGAUGAACACAGCUGUAGAUGAUUCCAUAUUGAGUGAGAAAACUGUAGAACAUCAAGACUGAAUUUAUAAUAAUAACCUAUCUUUUAGUAUUUCGGUCUACACUGAAUGAAAUAACAGCACGUAUUAUUAUAACAAGUGAUUCCAUACUUUUGAAUGGUAGUGCAAACACAUGAACACUGUUUGUGAUAUUGUUCUGUGGCUAUGUUUUCCAAUCCUGGUUCCAGAUUUUGCUGCAUAUUCGGCAAUUUUAACCUCUUGAAGGGGUCGGGAAUGAGCAGAUGAGUUGCUGGAGCAGGAAAAACACUAGAAGGUAAAGUGCAGGGGCAUUCACGGACCAGGAUUGGGAAGCACAGAUCCUUUAGGUGAUAAAAAUGUGGGUAAAUUUGAGUCCUGGGUUCAGGAGCAUGAACCUAAACCUUCUCAUGCUGCUUUCAGUUCCUCAUAAUGUAAGCUUUGUAUGUAAAAGGCUGGGUGUGCGUGCGUGUGUCAGUUUUCUACAUGCAAAAGGCUUUAUAGAACUCAGAACUGUGUUUAUGAAGAAGUUUGGUCUUUCACAUGCCCCCCCCCUCCCCACCACCUUUUUAAUCUACUAAAUAUCAGUUAGAUCAGGGUUGUGUAAGACUAUGCCUUAUUCCACAGAAGAUGACUCGGACAUUGCUUAUUCGAAUGUGCUAUUACUCAAUCAUUUGAAAACGAUUCUUCUUAGAGGUGAAAUGUUGUAGAAUUGUACAGUGUACAGCUGUAGGGCUAUUUUACGCACCUCUUCCGAGGCAGAGGGGCGCUUUCACUGCGCUUUUCUGCUGUUGUGUCUUAGCUAUGCACAUGUUAACGGGAAUUGUCCAUUUACCGCCCUUAUGUUCUUUGCUCUUAUAUGCUUGCACUAAAAAUCUCGCAAUGCUUCUUCUGCCUGCUGCUUGCUCUCCCUGUAUUCGCAGACCAGGGCCAGGACGCUGUAUUUACACGAGCACAAACAUUAAAGCUCUUCUACUUA